AUGGCUCCCAAGGCCCAGAAGUUCGAGAUCAAGACCCCUAAGGGAACCAGAGAUUGGUCCGGUGAGGACAUGGUCCUCAGGGAGAAGAUCUUCAAGACUAUCACCGACGUUUUCAAACGCCACGGCGGCGUCACUAUUGACACUCCUGUCUUUGAGCUGAAGGGCAAAUAUGGCGAGGACAGCAAGCUCAUUUACGACCUGGCCGAUCAGGGCGGCGAGCUGUGCAGUCUGCGAUAUGACCUCACGGUUCCCUUCGCUCGGUAUCUUGCCAUGAACAAGGAUAUCUCCCAGAUCAAGCGGUACCACAUCGCUAAGGUGUACCGUCGCGAUCAACCGGCCGUGAAAAAGGGUCGGAUGAGAGAGUUCUACCAAUGCGACUUUGAUAUUGCUGGCGUCUAUGACCCAAUGAUUCCAGAUGCUGAGAUUAUCAGGAUCGCCAACGAAGUGUUCGAUGCCCUUGGUUUCAAGGGGAAGUACACUAUCAAGCUCAACUCACGCAAGAUUCUCGACGGACUCUUCCAGGUCUGCGGUGUGCCCGACAACCUCAUCCGGCCGAUCUCGUCCGCUGUUGACAAGCUGGACAAGAUGCCAUGGGAGGACGUCAGGAAAGAGAUGGUCGAUGAGAAGGGUCUGGCUCCGGAAGUCGCUGACAGGAUUGGCCAGUAUGUUGUGCUGAAGGGGCAACGGGAUCUCCUGGAGAAGCUGAAGCAGGACCCCGAGCUUUCGGCAAACCCGUCGAUGCAGCAAGGCUUUGCAGACCUGGAGCUGCUUUUCACCUACCUUGAGGCUUUCGACGCCCUGCACACUGUAUCCUUUGAUCUCUCCCUUGCAAGAGGUUUGGACUACUACACGGGUGUCAUUUAUGAGGUUGUAACCGAGGGCUCUGCGCCUAGCGUUGCGGCUACGAAAGAGAACAAGGAGAAGGUGGCCAAGAAGAAGGGCGGCAAGUCGGGCGACCCUGAUGAGGACCGCUCUGAUGACCCGACCGUUGGCAUCGGCUCUAUUGCGGCUGGUGGCAGGUACGACAACCUCGUCGGCAUGUUUUCUGGAAAGACCCAGGUUCCCUGCGUUGGCAUCAGCUUUGGCGUCGACCGUAUCUUCUCCAUUAUUAAGGCCUCCCAGACCAAGAAGAGCAGGAAGAACGAGGUCGAUGUGUUCGUCAUGGCGUUUGGUGGCGGCAAGGACUUCACUGGUCUCCUGAAGGAGAGGAGUCAGAUCUGUGCCCGGCUCUGGGAUGCUGGCAUUAAGGCUGAGUUCCUUUACAAGGUGAAGCCCAAGCUACAGGCACAGUUCAAGGCAGCCGAGGAUGGUGGUGUGCCGUUUGCUUUGAUCUUGGGUGAGGAUGAACUUGCCCAGGGUAAGGUCAAGAUUAAGGAGAUGGGUCUUCCUGCCGGUCACCCACUGAAGGAGGGCGAGCUCAUUAGCCUUGACAACCUCGUCGAGGAGGUCAAGCUCCGGAUCACGAGGAAACAGCAGGCCGACCAGCUUGCAGAGCAGGCUGACCAGCUCAAGCUUGUCGACGGUGUUGAGAAGGACAAUAACGAAGCCCAAGCUUCUGCAUAA